GGAAUCUCGGGGCUCUUUUCUGCGAAUAUUUCCGAAAGAGCGGAUAAGCCUGUACCGCCAAGGGGCCCAACCUUACAGAUGAACGGCAGUUAUCAAACGGCUGACCUACCCUGACACUUGUUUGCGGAGAACCCGGACGUUGCCCUUGCACUGGGACCAGAAAACUCCACCACGGAUAUAACGAUUUCAGGAUUUAGUAUCCCACGCCAAUGCUUGUCGUACUUCUUCACACGAGGCUGACUAUAGGGAUUUGCGUGACUUUCCGCAGCGUCCGAAGCUGGGUUCCCCGCAACAUACAUUGAUGUCUCCACAGUCAGACAGGACAGCCUAGUCAAGUCCUCAAAACAAAAUGCAAUAUCUGGUGGACUAGCUGCUGCAAGUUAUCAGGGUCUGGCUUUUCCUAUUGAUUACCUUCAAGUGGGACUUCCUGGAUCCUACAAUCUUAUUGUAAAGAGCGUGGAUUGAAACAUUUUAGCAUCUUGCUUGUGAUGUUUUGCACUGUUGGAGGAAUGAGGCCAAUGGCGAGGUUUCAAAGUACUACUCUGCGCUCCAAAGCAUAGUUCACCGAUCAUGGAGCCGGUGCUUCCCAAGAACAACCCAUCGUCGAUGCCGCGCACAGCGAGAGGAGAAUCCUAGAACGUUUGUUCUGCAGGUCUACGCAAUAUCGUACGAUGCCGUGCACCUCAUGCAUUAGUAUCUCACUCCAUGGAGAGGGGAAAUACGAACUAUUCUUCGCUCUAGAACUGUAGGUCUGAAUUCUUAGUUCUUCGGCAGAUCACUUUACAAAGCUGGUCAAAUCACAAGACCACGAGCAUUCUCUGAAAUGGGAAAUCUUCCUUCCGAGCGAGCUUAGUGUCGCAAAAUGCUGGGGCGGUCGUUAGAUCUAUAUGUACUUGACUCCCUUUGCUGUUAGGCAACAUUUAGACAUCAAAUCACGGACUCUUCUUCAACAUUUGUCCAUCCACAGUCAUCAAUACCGAUAACCGUGUAACAUUCAGUCAUCAUGACGAUUCCAGAUGAAGUUGAUAUCAUCGUUUGCGGCGGUGGUUCCGCAGGCUGCGUUGUUGCUGGACGCCUAGCCAAUCUAGAUCACAACUUGCAAGUCCUUCUCAUUGAAGCUGGAGAAAACAAUCUCAAUAAUCCCUGGGUAUAUCGCCCUGGUAUCUAUCCUCGUAAUAUGAAGCUUGACAGCAAGACUGCGUCGUUCUACUAUUCCCGACCUUCCAAAUGGCUUGCCGGUCGAAGUGCCGUGGUACCAUGUGCUCAUGUGCUUGGCGGAGGUUCGAGCAUCAACUUCAUGAUGUAUACACGAGCAUCUGCAUCUGAUUAUGAUGACUUUCAGGCAAAGGGUUGGACGACGAAAGAACUUAUCCCGUUAAUGAAGAAGCAUGAGACGUAUCAACGUGCUUGUAACAACCGAGAUAUUCACGGCUUCGAGGGUCCCAUCAAGGUUUCCUUUGGCAACUACACGUAUCCGAUCGCACAGGACUUCCUUCGAGCGUCCGAGUCCCAAGGUAUUCCUACGACCGAUGAUCUUCAAGAUUUAGUUACUGGUCAUGGUGCUGAGCACUGGCUCAAGUGGAUCAACAGAGACACAGGCCGUCGUUCCGACUCUGCACACGCGUACAUUCAUAGUACUCGGGAACACUACUCCAAUCUACAUCUUGUGUGCAACACGAAGGUUGACAAAGUUAUCAUCGAGAACGGUGUUGCGGUUGGUGUUCAGACUGUGCCCACUAAGCCACUUUCACCGGGACAAGUGAAGCCCAGAAUUUUCAGAGCGAGGAAGCAAAUUGUAGUCAGUGGAGGGACUCUAAGUUCACCUCUAAUUCUACAACGUUCAGGCAUAGGAGACCCGGAAAAAUUGCGUAAAGCUGGUGUAGAACCACUAGUAAACCUUCCUGGUGUUGGCUUAAACUUCCAGGACCACUAUCUGACCUUCGCUGUUUAUCGCGCGAAGCCGGAUGUAGAAUCUUUUGAUGAUUUUGCUCGCGGAGAUAAGGAAGUUCAAAGACGUGUGUUCGAGCAAUGGAAUAUCAAUGGAACUGGCCCACUUUCCACCAAUGGUAUCGAGGCUGGUGUCAAAAUUCGACCCACGGAGGAAGAGCUGAAGAAAAUGGAUAAAUGGCCAUGUCCGGAGUUCCGCGAGGGCUGGAACAGCUACUUCAAGAACAAGCCUGACAAGCCUGUCAUGCAUUAUUCUGUGAUUGCUGGCUGGUUUGGUGAUCACAUGCUCAUGCCACCAGGCAAGUUCUUCACAAUGUUCCAUUUCCUUGAAUACCCGUUCAGCCGCGGUUUCACUCAUAUCACCUCUCCCAACCCAUACGAUGCACCUGACUUCGAUGCCGGGUUUAUGAAUGAUAAGCGCGACAUGGCUCCAAUGGUUUGGGGCUACAUCAAGUCUCGUGAGACCGCUCGUCGCAUGGAAGCCUAUGCUGGAGAGGUACAAGCGAUGCAUCCUUUCUACAAGUUUGACUCACCAGCGCGAGCUAAAGACCUGGAUCUGGCUACGACAAAGGCUUACGCCGGGCCUGAUCAUAUCACUGCAGGAAUUCAGCACGGAAGCUGGAGUCUGCCAAUAGAAGCCGGAAAACCCCCUGAGCCCAACUUCGUUACCAGUAAUCAACAGGCAGUCUACCAGGAUUUGGAAUAUUCCGAAGAUGAUAUCAAGGCUAUUGAAGAAUGGGUCAAGCGUCACGUCGAAACCACAUGGCACAGCCUUGGAACGUGUUCUAUGGCUCCCAAGGAAGGUAACAGCAUUGUGAAGCAUGGCGUUGUUGAUGAGCGCCUGAACGUCCACGACGUGAAGAACCUGAAGGUUGCGGAUUUGUCUAUCUGUCCAGACAAUGUGGGUUGCAAUACCUACUCCACAGCUCUCCUAAUUGGCGAGAAAUGCGCUGUCUUGGUUGCCGAAGAUCUUGGAUACAGUGGUUCAGCAUUGGACAUGAAAGUUCCCGAGUACCACGCACCACGUGAAAUUGUUGGCUUACACAGGUUGUAAAAAGAAAAAACUGAAAAUGAAAAUGAAAAUGAUCUUUCUGAGAGACUGAUUGAAUGACGGCCGAAAACGAAGUAAAACAAUCUUUACAUGAAUUUACAUCAACGAAUUGACUGAAUUUUCUCUUUUGA